AUGGCUAUCCUUCGCUUCUACCAGUCGCCUGCCCUUUCGGACAGUGCUCUGAAGGGCAAGCUCUCUGCCAUCAAUGGAGCCCUUGGUCAAGAUGCUGCCAAAGAACUGCUGACUGAAUACUGCUACUACGUUCAACUGCAAGCAAACAAGCGUGCAAGAAAAAACACCAGCAAGCCUGCUUGUGGAAAUUGGUCCAAGAACCUUGUAACUCUGGGAGUCAGUGCAAAGACUUACAACUACGUCCGAGACUUCCUCAGCCACCGCACAGCCACACUUACCUUUGGCGACCACAGCCUUCCAGGCAUCACGCUUGGUGCACGAGAGGCAGAAGAGGCAGCCCUCGCGCUUGCAUUUGUCUCUACAUCUGCCUCCACAAUCAUAAGCGACUCAAAAUCUGCUAUUCUGAACUAUGCCAAUGGCUUCAUUUCCCGCACCGCUGCUCGCCUACUACGCUUCUGGCAGCCCCAGCGUUCCACAACACUCGUCUGGACGCCAGCACAUGCCGGCCUCCCUGGCAACGAGCAGGCUCAUUCCCUAGCCCGAGGUCUCGCAUUCCGGGCAGGAGAAAUGGAGCCCCCUCCACAGGCCGAGGAGCGCCUGCUCUCCUUUCAAGAUAUUCUCUCGUAUUAUCAGGACCAACGAAGAGUCGUGGAUGUGCUGCAUGAUCGCAUGACAGAGACCCGGUACCUGACGCCCGUGACAACAUUCGAGCUUCCUGCCAGUACUCACUCCUGGGAAGAGGUAGACAUACUGCAGCAUGGAAGGGAAGCCCUGGAACGAGUUAGCACUGAACUAGGCCUCUCAUUUGAUAACUGGGACUUGGAUUUCUACACGGAUCUGUUCAAGAACAAGCUCAAGAGGAACCCAACCACUGUUGAGUGCUUCGACCUAGCCCAGUCCAACAGUGAGCACAGCCGGCAUUGGUUCUUCAAGGGCCGACUGGUGGUGGAUGGGAAGGAGGUGCCACACUCACUGUUCUCCCUCAUUACGGCAACUCAGAACACCAGCAACGACAACAAUGUCAUCAAGUUCUCAGACAACAGCAGUGCCAUUCGAGGCUAUCAAGUCAGGGCACUGCAGCCUAAAGACACAACAACAGGGAGCGCAUUCAAGGUUUGCAAUGCACAGCGUCACAUCAUAUUCACUGCAGAAACACACAACUUUCCUACAGGUUAUGACCUACCCUGGGAAGAACCUCAGGAGUACCCCAACAACUUUGCCCCACCCUUGGAAGUUGCCGUGGAGGCCAGUAACGGAGCGUCUGACUAUGGCAACAAGUUCGGCGAGCCCGUGCUUUCAGGCUUCUCUCGUUCCUUCGGAAUGGUGCUGCCUGGCGGGGAACGGCGGGAAUGGAUCAAGCCCAUCAUGUUUUCCGGUGGAAUUGGCAGCAUUGACAGCGACCAGAUCACUAAAGACAAGCCUGAAAAGGGCAUGCUUGUGGUCAAGAUCGGUGGUCCUGUGUACCGCAUUGGAGUUGGUGGUGGUGCUGCGUCCUCUGUGACAGUUCAGGGAGACCAAGAGGCAGAACUAGACUUUGGCGCAGUGCAGCGUGGAGAUGCUGAGAUGGAACAGAAGUUGCACCGCCUGGUGCGAGCUUGCGUAGAGCGUGGAGCAGCCAAGAACCCUAUACGGAGCAUUCACGACCAGGGUGCAGGAGGAAAUGGCAAUGUGCUGAAGGAGAUAGUGGAGCCCGCUGGAGCUGUCAUCUGGACCAAGAACUUUCAGCUCGGCGACCCUACAAUCACUACUAUGGAACUGUGGGGCGCAGAGUACCAGGAGAGCGAUGCUAUUUUGGUGCGACCAGAGGACAAGGAUGUACUUCUGCGCAUCUCAGCGCGAGAGCGUUGCCCCGUUUGCAUUGUUGGCGAAGUGACGGGAGAUGGUCGCGUCGUCCUCAAGGAAGACAGCACCCCUGGUAAAAGGGACCCUGUUGACCUCGACUUGGAGUCUGUGCUUGGAGACAUGCCACGCAAGGUCUUCAAACUGAACACGGAAACACCAAUUUUGAAGCCUCUGAGCUUGCCACCUAGCCUUCAGGUCACUGAAGCACUUCAGCGAGUACUACGUCUGCCAUCUGUGGCCAGCAAGCGUUUUCUCACAAACAAGGUUGACCGUUGCGUGACGGGACUUGUAGCUCAGCAACAGUGCGUUGGACCUCUGCACACGCCACUUGCCGAUGUAGCUGUGGUGUCUCUCUCGUACUUUGACAAGGUUGGAUCUGCAACUGCCAUUGGAGAGCAGCCAGUAAAGGGCCUUCUGAGUGCUGCUGCAGGAGCCAGGAUGUCUGUUGCUGAGUCCGUGACAAACCUCAUGUUUGCUCAAGUGACAUCACUUCAGGACGUCAAGUGCAGCGGCAACUGGAUGUGGGCAGCUAAGCUCCCUGGGGAAGGUGCUGCCCUGCACGAAGCAUGUCAGGCCAUGUGCAGUUCUAUGGCUGCCCUGGGAAUUGCUGUGGAUGGUGGCAAGGACUCACUCAGCAUGGCCGCGCGCGUGGGCAAGGACACUGUCAAGGCUCCCGGAGCCAUUGUCGUGUCCACCUAUGCACCGUGCCCCGAUAUCACAACUACAGUCACCCCUGACUUGAAGCUUCCAUCCGUAGCAAAGGAAGGACUACUGCUUUACGUCAGCCUGAAUGCGGGAAAGAAGCGCCUGGGAGGUACAGCCCUUGCUCAGUGCUUCAAGCAGCUUGGAGAUGACGUGCCCGACUUGGAAGAGCCUGUCAAGCUUCGCAAGGCCUUCGCUGCCACACAAGAACUGCUGAAGAGUGGUUUGUUGAAGGCUGGGCAUGAUAUCAGUGAUGGUGGCCUCAUUACUUGCCUUCUGGAAAUGGCAUUCGCGGGCAACUGUGGCUUGGAAGUGAAUGUGCCUACAGGAGGUGCUGGUAAUGUCCUCGAGGCUCUCUUUCACGAGGAAGUUGGCUGGCUGCUUGAGACAGAUCCAGCGAAUGAAAAGCGCAUCGUCGAAGCUUACCAGAAGGUUGGGGUGUACUGCGUUCCCAUUGGCCAUAGCAAAGUCUUCGGUCCUCAAGCGAAGAUCUCUGUGAAGGUUGAUGGUACGGAGGUGAUCAACGGAAAGGUGUGCGAGCUGCGUGACAGCUGGGAGGAGACCAGCUACAAGUUAGAACUUCAUCAAUGUGACCCCAAAUGUGCCACUCAAGAAAGGCAGGGUCUUUUGAAGCGCACGGUGCCUCCUUACAAGUUGACUUUCAGUCUGGACAUCCCACGACGCAACCCUGACCCAAUGAUGAGGGUCGCUGUGCUCAGGGAGGAAGGUGUAAACAGCGACAGGGAAAUGGCGGCAUCGUUCUACAUGGCCGGCUUUGAAGCCUGGGAUGUCACCAUGACUGACCUCUUGGAGGGGGCUGUAACGCUGAAUGGUUUCCGUGGCCUAGUCUUCCCUGGUGGCUUUAGUUAUGCCGAUGUGCUUGGCUCUGCCAGAGGUUGGGCUGCGAGUCUUAUGUUCCACCAGAAGCUGGCUGCACAGCUGGCUGCUUUCAAGAGCAACCCUCUCACAUUCAGUUUGGGAAUCUGUAACGGUUGUCAACUCAUGGCAUUGUUGGGCUGGGUGGCCCCGUACAUUUCUUGCCGAUUUGAGUUCCGGCAGGAUGCCCUACUAGAGCAAGUGGAGACACAGCAGUUGGUGGGUAUGCGCUACGUAGACGAUGCAGGCCACGCAACUGAGGAGUACCCGCUCAACCCGAAUGGAAGCCCACGGGGCAUCGCUGCUCUCUGCUCGGACGAUGGCCGACAUCUGGCUAUCAUGCCCCAUCCCGAGCGCUGUUCCCUUCCUUGGCAGUGGGCUUACGUGCCACAGCAAUGGCAGGGGGGCCAAGGAUUCCGCACCUCGCCGUGGGCCAAGCUCUUUGCGAAUGCUUACGACUGGUGCAUCAAGACAAAGGCUCACUAG